AUGGACGACAUGGCUCGGAUGCUGGAGAGCUAUGCUGGCGGACUGCAGCAGUCGUUCGAGUCCGUGUUUGAGCGCGUGGGGCAGAGCUUAACGCAGAGUGCGCAGGUGAUGCGCAUGAUGAACGAAGUGAUGGAGUCGGCGAUGCUGCAGAACCUUUCCAUUCACUCGAGCUAUGACCUGCACAGCGGGCUGGUCAUCGAGGUGGUGAAUCGCUCGCAGAUCAUGUUGGGGCAAACCAAGGUCAGCGCGAGGGUGGACAACGCAGAGGACGCUUUCUUCUCCACGACGCUCGAAUCGCUUCGUGCGGGGGACAGAAUCCAACUGCAGGCUCCAAUUCAUGGCGUCGCGGGCUCCAUUGCGGGGUUCAUCGAGCUGGAAUGCAUCAGCCCGGGGACGCAACAGCCACUCACGAAGCGCUCGCCGUUCCGGGUCUUUUAUUUCCAGCAAGGUGCUUUCGAAGCUGUGCGGCAAGGAGAAGUAGGGGGCGCCCCGGAUUCGUCAGAGGUGGCGGUCACGUCGGACAGGUUCCGGUUGACUCGUGUUAGGAAGCUCCUGAAUCUCAGUCCUAUCCGAGGCAUCCUGACUGACAACGAAGGCAGAUAUCGAUUUAGCCCACAAGUUCCGUGUAACGACGGCACGGUUUUCUAUCUGUCGGUCGAUGAGAGUACCCUCGAUGGAGCUGCAUUCCCGGUGACGGUGUCAGCGGCCGGAAGUCCCAGUACCAUCGAAGAGCGUCGGCGUCAAUGCGAGCAGAUUAUCGGUGAGAUGGAGAUUGAGGUCGCGAGCUCAGAGGAGGACUAUUAA